AUGCAAUCGAUCAGCGCAGAGGAGUUGUCGACCUUAGAAACACCUCCUCAGAAGACUCUAUACUUGCCUCACACUUCGUCGCCAUUAAGCAGACUCGCGAUGUCGCAAACUCUCUCGGGACGGUCCGCGUCUCCUAGCUUUACCCAGUCGUACCAAUCUCUCUUCCAGAUCGGCACUGAAUUCCCACGCUUCGUGGUACCAUACUAUCCCUGGUGGGAAGAUGAAGCUACUACAGUUCUUUGGGCCUUUAAAAAUCUCGAGAUCCGUCUAGUUAUCCGCUACGGUCUAUUUCGCGAUGAGAGUCUACCACGAAAUUCGCUCUUAAGUCGCAAUGCCGACGCAAUUGAUGCAGUUUUCAUGGCGCUAACUGAGCCCCGAGAACAUCAGCUGCUCGGCCAUCUCUCCCACAUGCAACGAGUGGAGGAAAUUCUACGUCGAUCUGGGCUUCCACCAUUUCAGCCGGUCCCUUGGUCCUGGCUACCCCAAACUCCCGUGUAUGCGCUCGACCCGCGGGCUAUCGCUCAGGCCAUUGAGGCUGAGAGCCAUUUCCAGCUUAGUAGGGUCGCUUUCGAAGAUAUCGUGCGCGCUUCGCUGGGUUACAGCGCGACUUCGGUUGAAUGGUUUCUUAUGCAACAUACAGCCUUGUAUAUACACCUGCUAGAUCAUCUUAGGAUAUUUCCUGAUGAUAUUCCUGUGUACUUGGAAGUGGAAAAGGUGUGGUUUUAUUUCAAGUUUCUUAAUACCAAAUUUCAUGCACUAAUAGCGUCUCAGCAUCUACGAACAAAGAGCCCCUUCGCCCACCGAGCAAUAGCACAAUGCUUAACUGCAGUGCAACCCGAAUCUGCACCAGAUCUGGCCAAGACAUCCCUGUGUAGUUUUGAAUUCGUCGCCGGUCCGAUCCAGCGCCUCUUUCAAGACCGACCGGAGAGUUUGACCGACAUGCUUAAGAUCUGCAAUGUAUUCGCUGUGCGAUUCCGCCGCCAGUACAUCAAUACCUCGAAGGUUCCUUGGAAUAGGCAAUUUGACGCUUCAUACCCAUUUUUAGAAGACUGCCUCGGAUCAUCCUCACCAUCAGACCUGGCCCGUACCCUCACUACUUUGGAUAAGGGAGACUUCGCUCAUCUCACCCGAUCAAGUAUCAUUGCACACGACGAAACCACAAAAGGACUUUUAGCCAAUUGGGAAGAUCUCACCGUGUCGUUUCGACCCAUAUCUGACACAGAAAUCCAACCAUAUCAGAGUCUACUGCAACGACAAAAUUACCACUCUCUAACGGCAAUGCUGCACGGUCUCCACAAAUAUAGUAUAUCGACUGCACGAUCCCGCGGUCUCAACAGUACAGUUGGGGGAAUGGUCAUUCUAGACCCUAUUAUCCCACCAGACACGAUAUUCCUCUUCAAUGCAACGCAAAACUACGCCGCAUACCGUCAACAUUACCGAGAUUACCCGGGAAUUCCAUUCCUGCUCCCCCAUCUUCGCGACGGCCAGCAAAAGGGCGAAUUGGCCCUCCAACCCGUCUUCCGCUUUUUGCAGAGGUAA